CCCUUUUUCCCAAUCCUAAAUUAUCGGGUAAACAAUACACAGAAUAUAUAUAAAUUAUAUACAAACAUAUAAGCAAACAAUUAAUCACAUACGAGGAUAAUAUAUUCACAAUAUGGCAAAAGAUUGUGACAUUUUCCUCUUAUUCAGCUGCAUGACUCUUGUCAUGAUUCCGAUAUGGUGUCCUCAACGUUGCGCCGCCGUAUCCAGCGGUUCUCAGCCGCCGCCUCCGUCGAGUCCAGUCCCCAUAUCCACCGUGUGCAAGUCCACGCCCUACCCGACCUUUUGCCAAACAGUGCUUCCGGGCGGCAACACCUCCGCCAACUUCUACGACUACAGCCGCUUCUCCGUCAGCAAGUCUCUCUCCGCCGCUCGCAAGUUUCAAACCGCGAUUCAAACCCACAUCCGCCGGAGAUCCAAGACGCUGACCAAUCUCGCAGUCCGGGCGCUCGAGGACUGCGAGCUUUUGGCCGGUCUCAACGUUGACUAUUUGACCAGCUCGCUGAGGGCGGUCAACGGCACGUCCAGAACGCUCCCGGGGGCAGAGGCUGAGGACGUGCACACGUUGCUCAGUGCCAUUCUCACCAACGUGCAAACUUGCGUGGAUGGGCUCCGAGACGCUUCUGCCACUUGGAGCGUCAAGGAUGGUCUUGUGACGCCUUUGGCGAACGACACAAGACUUUUUAGUGUUUCUCUCGCGUUGUUCACCAAAUGUUGGGUUCCUAAUAAGAAGAAAAAGCAAAUCGGGUUCCAAAAAGGCCGUCUGCCGCUAACGAUGUCGGAAAGGACGAAGGCGAUUUUCGAUAGGGUAAGCGGGAGAAAGCUUCUCCAAGCACCGUCGCUAAACAAGAACCUGCCGCAGCAGGUUCUGGUGAAAGACAUUGUGGUGGUGAGUCAAGACGGGAGCGGCAAUUUCACCACUGUCACUGAAGCAGUUGCCGCCGCUCCCAACAACUCCAAGUCCACCGAUGGCUAUUUCCUCGUCUAUGUCACUGCUGGCGUAUACGAGGAAUAUGUCACCGUGGGGAAAAACAAGAAGUAUUUGAUGAUGAUCGGCGAUGGCAUUAACCAGACAAUUAUCACUGGGAAUCGGAGCUUCGUCGAUGGCUGGACUACUUUCAAUUCUUCUACUUUCUCUGUGGUUGGAGAAGGAUUUGUGGGGGUAAACAUGACAUUUCGCAACACCGCCGGGGCAGUCAAGCACCAAGCGGUGGCGGUCCGGAACGGCGCCGACCUGUCGGCGUUUUACCUGUGCAGCUUCGAAGCCUACCAAGACACUCUCUACACCCAUUCCCUCCGGCAGUUCUACAGGGACUGCGACGUCUACGGCACCGUUGACUUCAUAUUCGGAAACGCCGCCGCCCUGUUCCAGAAUUGCAAUAUUUUCCCGAGACUGCCCCUGCCGGGUCAAUUCAACGCCAUCACCGCCCAGGGCAGAACCGACCCGAACCAGAACACCGGAAUCUCGAUCCUCAACUGCACUGUCGCCGCCGCGGCCGACUUGGCCGGAAGCAACGGCGGAACGGAGACGUUUCUGGGGCGGCCGUGGAAGCAGUAUUCCAGGACGGUGUACGUGCAGUCGUACAUGGGCAGUUUGGUCAAUUCGCAGGGGUGGCACGACUGGUCCGGGGAUUUCGCGCUCAACACGUCGUACUAUGGGGAGUUUAAUAAUACCGGACCGGGUUCGGACACGAUGCGGAGAGUGAGCUGGACCGGGUUCGGACUGGUCAAUGGAACCGAUGCGGGUAACUUCACGGUUUCUAACUUUUUGUUUGGAGAUCAGUGGUUGCCCCAGACCGGAGUUCCAUUCUUCAGCGGCUUACUUUGACUCGGCCACCGCUUAUUUGUCAUCAUUUUGUAAUAUUCAUUUUUUUCAAAUAAAUUAAUUACUCAAUG